CCAAAUCCAUCAGAUACCACAGAAGAACUAUUGAUUCAGCAUCUUCACAGACCAGCUUUGUUGAAGAAUUGUAAUUUUAAUUUAUAUGUUCAAAUACAUUGGAAUAAAAAUGAUCCAAAGAAUGUCAAUUCUAAAUUGGAAGACUAUGUGGACUGUGUUUUUUUAUUUGAUGAUGAUAAAGAAUUCAUUAAGUUUGAUAAAUCUGUUACAUCAAUUGUAAAACAAGAUAUAAUUGAUUUGAUUCUUUUAAAUCAACAAAACAAAGAUAAAAAAAUAGUAUUCGAUGCAAUUA